GUUGAAUGAACGCCAAUUAUCGGAACGUGACGUGAAACGUGACCUGCGAUAGAGCGAAGUCUACCCCCGCGAACUAGACUCUGCAACGUCAUGUUGUUAUUGUAUCCCUCCGCCGCAGUCGCACUAGGAAAACAGCUGUGGAGUGCUAAAGAGCUAGUUUGUUUUUGUCGUGUGUGACAGCGAUUUGAACAGUUCCUCGAGCAGAUUGCUAUCCUACAACUUCAGAGGGACCGACUUGUCGUCCGUCAUCUCAUUUAAAGAUGAAGUUCCAGUACAAAGAAGAACACCCUUUUGAGAAAAGGCGGUCCGAAGGCGAGAAAAUCAGGAAGAAGUAUCCGGACAGGGUUCCUGUAAUUGUGGAGAAAGCCCCCAAAGCCAGAAUAGGAGAUCUGGACAAGAAGAAAUAUCUGGUCCCCUCCGACCUGACAGUGGGCCAGUUUUACUUCCUCAUCCGGAAAAGAAUCCACUUGCGAGCUGAGGAUGCGCUCUUCUUCUUUGUAAACAACGUCAUUCCACCCACCUCAGCAACCAUGGGACUGUUGUACCAGGAGCAUCAUGAAGAGGACUUUUUCCUCUACAUUGCCUACAGUGAUGAGAGUGUGUACGGGAGCAGCCAAAGGGAAAUCUGAUCCCGCUACCAUCCCCCCUCCAACCACUACCCACCUUUCUGAGACCUCCACCAUUCAUUUAAAUAUUAAAUCCAGCUAAGCAGCCUAGAGUUCUCGGAGUGAAUAUGUCAAAUGCACUUUCGCACCCAUACAUGACCUCUCUCCCAUCUAGUUAUGUCUUUAUUGUUCUGCAGUCUGAAUUGUAUUUGCUUCCACUUUUUAUCUUUUCAGUAGCGACUUGGGUUAAUUGGUCUUGUGGCCAGUUUAUUUUCUCGUGUUGUAUUUGUACACCAGACUUUGCUGAAAAAACUAAGAACCAAUAACAAAAUAUUGUUAGAACUAGACCAUAAAUAUAGUGCCCCCACCCGCAGUGUUAAAAGAAGAACGGUAUGUGAGUUUAAAGCAGCUCUUAUUGACAAUGAAGAAAGAUUGUUUGUUCACCCUGUUGACUUGUUGGGGUAUAAAGUUUGCUUUGAGUUUUUAGUUUAUGAAAUAAAGAGCAUCUACCAGUUGAAGGCAGGUUAAUUUGUCUCUGACGGAAUAAAGGAUAACUGUUUUGCA